CCCACUAGAGUCCGGACCGGGGAGGCCAGCGCGCGCGCGCCUCCUGCUCCAGCCCGCAGCCGCUGGUGUUUGCGUGAGGCGAGGUGCCUGCUGCUUAGCCUCAUGAAGAGUUCAGAAGAACGGAAAAGCUAGCUGUUCUGGCGGUAUUUCAGUUGGUCCUAACAAAAAGACGUCACUUGAUAGUUGAUUUUUCAGGAUUUCCUCAGCUUUUAAGAUCAACAAUGGACACGGCCAACCACAGCCUGAUCCUUCUGCAACAACUCAACAUGCAGCGAGAGUUUGGCUUUCUCUGCGACUGCACGGUUGCCAUUGGAGAUGUCUACUUCAAAGCUCACAGAGCGGUCCUGGCUGCUUUUUCCAACUAUUUUAAGAUGAUAUUUAUUCACCAGACAAGUGAAUGCAUAAAGAUUCAGCCGGCAGAUAUCCAGCCCGACAUAUUCAGCUAUUUGCUCCACAUCAUGUACACCGGGAAAGGCCCCAAACAAACCGUCAAUCACACCCGGCUGGAGGAAGGCAUCCGCUUCCUGCACGCAGACUACCUGUCCCACCUGGCGAUCGAGAUGAACCGGAUGCUCUCUUCAGAGACGGUGCAGUCUUCGAACCUCUACGGGAUCCAGAUCUCCACCACCCACAAGACAGUGAAGGAGACCCUGCAGGCGAAAGACAGCCUGGCGGCUCUCGGUAGCCGAGCCGCCAAUCAGGGCGACCACCCACAGCUCCAGCUCUCUCUGGCUAUCGGCCUGGACGAUGGCUCUUUGGACCAGCAGAUUUCCCAUCCUUCUGUUCAGGGGGCCGCCAAGCCCGCCGACGAUCUUACAAAACCGCCGGUGACUAUAAAGCAGGAGAAAGCUGACCCGGAACCAGUGGUGUCUCAGAGUCACACUGCGUCCUCCCCGGAUCUUGGGGCUUCAGCAUUUUCUAAAACAAGCCUCAAAGUCCACGUGUGCCAGUACUGCGGAGAGCGUUUUGAAUCCCGGGGCGUUUUGCGUGAACAUCUGUUCACUCACGUGUCGGGGUCCCUGCCGUUCGGGGUGCCGGCCUCGAUCCUAGAAAGCAGCAGCCUCAGCCAGGGCCAGCUCCUUAACGAAAAUUGCGAAUCCGCCGAAAACCACCGUCUCGGCUCCUUCCUGUGCAAAGAGAACGAGCGCCGGUUGGAGCACCCGUCUCGCAGCAAUUUAGAGGGCUUGCCCAUCAGUCAGCUUUCUCUGGUUUCCAAAGACUCUGAGCCCGUGGAGUUGAACUGCAACUUUUCUUUCUCCCGGAAGAGGAAGGUCAGCUGCACCAUGUGCGGCCACAAGUUUCUCCGAAAGAGCCAGCUGCUGGAACACAUGUACUUGCACAAAGGGAAGCACUUCAAAUACAGCCGCUGCCAGAGGGCGGGCAACGGGGCGGCCCCUAAGUUUCAGCCAUACGAUGACAAUUGGACACAGGGCGGGGCGAAAGGCACCGCUCUCCCCCAAGCUCAUUUAGAGUCGCAGAACGUGUUAGACCCCGACCUCUCGCAAGAGAGCAUUGACACCAUUCUGGUUGAAUGACGUCUCCGUCCUCAUUUUGUUUUCAGCCUGUGAAUUAGUGCAUGCUUGGCUCUUAACUGAAGGUGUUUUGUGUGUUCCUCUGGAUUUUGAAGUGGCUGUCAAAAGCCCCGUCGGCCACCUGGAAACAUCUGUCUCCUACCCUGCCCUUAAGCCAUACAUUUAAUGGGUACUGCAAGGCUGAGGUCUCCAACGGGGUGCCCACUGGCAUCUUUCCUAGCGCCUGCUAAUUGUUUUCAGAAAGUAAGUGGGGCUUUUGGCCAGAAGGGCUUCUUGUUGGCUGAGCAGAUUUGGCUUCGGAAGCAGCUGCCAACACGGCACAAUUAUCUUCACUGUGUGACUGAAAGUAAAGUGUUUUCAUACAAGGAAAUGUUUUAAAUCGAGCAAAAAAGGGGGUGGAGGGAGAAAAACUCAACCAAAAACAAGGGAACCACAAAGGUUGAUCUGGAAACAUAUCACAAAAUAAGCAUUUAUUUAUCAAGUGUGCACAAAUGUUAAGAUUUGACACUUGUGAUGUUUAUUUUAAGACUAAAAUUUGGGAUGUUGUGACAGUUCGGAAACACAGGCAAUCCAGAUUAUGUGUGAGCCUAGUGGUGGCGAACCUUUGGCACUCCAGAUGCUAUGGACGACAAUUCCCAUCAGCCCCUGCCAGGCAGGGGCUGAUGGGAAUUGUAGUCCAUAACAUCUGGAGUGCCAAAGGUACACCACCACAAGCCUAGGAUAAGGAUGAAAAAUCCAUUAUUAUUUUUUUCUACAAGACAACAUCUGGCCCACACCUGAGAAAGUUUUGCACUUUCAGAUAAUUAUACCUAAUAUAUUUAGUUCCUCAUACCUUCUUUUAUAAUAAUGUUUGUAUGACCGCUGAGGAAGGCUAAAUCAGCCCAAACGUUUCCGGUUUUUCGUUGGUCACUGACGUGUUAUCAAUCGUGUUUGGAGUUGUUAUCAUCUUUACUGACUUUUAAGGUGCAACCUGGUUUUCAGGUCUUGUGUUUUUUAAACUUAUAUUUGUGUACACUUGAUAAUAAAUACGUUUAUUUUGCGAUAUAUGUGUUUGCGGUUUCCAGCUCAACUUUUGUGGUUCCCGGGAAAUACUUUAUGCCAGUAUAUUCAUUUUAAAAAGUCAUCUAUUAAACAGAGCUUCUGGGUCAAGAAUUAA